AUGCGGCUGCUCACACAUAACUUUCUCGCUUGCCUGCAGUGCGACACGUACCCUCUCCUUGUCAGCGCUGCGGAGAUGGAGGAAAUUCCGGUGGAGUACGACGCCGAGUUCACGCGCCGCAUGUUGGCACGUAUCGACUACCCAAGUCUGCGCACCACCUUUCACACACUGCGCGAGGCGCACAAAUCUGUGCGCGGACCAUCCUACGAUGAGGAUCCUGAUGCGACCGAGACGGCGGCGGCAUGUGCUGAGCUGCCAGAGACGAUGGAGGGCGCGGACCUCAGCGACGAUAGCGCGUUCCUGCGCAUGGUGCACUACGCCAUGAACAUUGUGGCGGUGCGCAACGGCACGCUGGAGUGUCCGGCGUGCAAGACGACGUUUGCGAUUCGGGAUUUCAUUCCAAACUUUGUGCAGGAGACCAAGUAG